AUCAAUCCAUCGUGAAUUUAGCUCUUUGCUCCCGUCCUAGUUUCAGUUCCUUAUUUCAGUCUUGUUUAUUACGAAGGAUGGAUAAAAACCAGUUGCGACGCCAGGUUGCCCACAUGAGAAGUUCUCUCAUUGAUCAGCAUUACUUGGAUCAGCAGCAAUUUGUCCAGCUGGAGGAUUUGCAAGACGAUAGUAACCCAAACUUUGUGGAGGAAAUUGUGACCUUGUUCUACAAAGACUCAUCUAGACUAUUCCAGAAGAUUGAUCAAGCACUGCAUAGUAUACCUAUGGAUUUUUUAAGGCUGGAUGAUUACAUGCACCAGUUCAAGGGUAGCAGCUCAAGCAUUGGAGCUGUAAAAGUGAAGAAUGAGUGCACACAAUUCAAAGAAUGUUGUCUGGCAGGAAAUGCUGAAGGAUGCUUCAGGGCUUUCCAGAGAGUGAAACAUGAGCAUGAGGCAUUGAAGAGGCAGCUUGAAACAUAUUUUCAGUUGAGAAGACAAGCUGGAAUGGCACAAAGGACUUGAAUGCCACACAGAGUAUGGCAAGGAGGUGCCAAGUUGAUUAUGUGGAGAAACUAGUUCAUGAAAACUAUGUACUAUGUCAAUUUUGUGGAGUCCUAGCUAAGUACUAUAACUUUUAUAUGCUCAUUCUCAUGUUUUACUCUGGAAACUAGAGGGCACCAUAUUCAAGUCCAGCUGCUGCACUACAUAUGCAGAUGCUGAACUUUGGUUAGCCACAUAUAUAGAAGUAAUGCUCAACAAAUAAUGCAAAUUUUAUCAAUAAUCCAAUGUUUGUUACU